CCAUUGCACACCUGUGUCACGUUCGGGGAACCUGCUAGGAUUUCAGUCUUGGAAUACUACAAGCUUUUGGAGCACCUCUUUGGGGAAAAACAAAGGAGAAAGAUCGACAGAACAGCUCCAAUGUAGGUUUGAUGACUGAUGACGUCACAAGCCUGGAGAGGAAGAGAAGUUAAACUUCUAGAGAAACCUGAUGGACAAUCUUCACAACAGGGGAGACCCACAAACACAUCCCUGCACACAGAUGGCCCAUCAGAGCCAGUUCUAGGGGAUGCCAACACCUGUAUCGUAGACAUCGGCUGCUGCGAGUGCAAAUAUGGACCCUUUGAAGGUGAUAAGGGCUCCACAGAGUCUGGAGGUUUCUCACAAUCAAUGAAGCUCAGGUUCUUUAGUAGAAAGGGAAGCACAGCAGGAAAAUGUGGUGGGAGAGUUUGCAAAGCCUGCCGGGAAAGGAGGAACUGGCUCUGCCGAGGAGACAGAUAAUGAUAACGAAAAAUAAUCCAGAUGGGGUGCAGGUGCUGCAAAAUGAUACACAGCUAUCUCUUCGACCCAGUUCAAGUGCCCUCCCCGGGCUACGUCAACGAAGUGAGCAGCUGCAAGCUGGACGAGGAGGACACCGUGAAACUGAAAGGCAAACAGAGCGGCGAGGUCCCGGUGCACAGAAAUGACCUCCAGCGGGAGGGCUUGAGGAGGACGGGGAGCAGAGGCAGGAGGGCUGGGCCGCAGGAGCCCUGCUGGCCUCCCCAGGAGCCGCCCCCUCCGGGGGACACGGGAGGCGGCCCCUGUGCGGACAAGACUGGUGGUACCAUCAAUGGCAUCGGGCCCGCCGGGGACCCUGGGCCCUCCCAGGAUGGCACGGGCUCCUGGGCCAGUACCGCCAACAGCGUGCCCCCAGAUCACCCCUUCCCGGAAAGAGGGGGCGCCGGGGAGACGGACCCUGCGCUGGGGGACACCCGCGUCGUCUGGGACGGAGACUCCAGGGUUUCUCCCAAGGCUGAGUGUCCCACCGGGGACGUGCCGGACCCUGUCCCCCGGAUACCGGCCCCGGACUACCCUCCACACCAGGGCCCGGCUGGAGACCACGUGGAUCACGGGGGGAAAGAGGGGGUCCUCCAGGGCCACCCCGAGGAGGAGGAGCAGGAGGAGCGCCCGGAGGAAGCGCGCCCGGGCGCGGGGGAGCAGGGGCCGGACCUGCCCCUCUCCUUCCCGGGGAAGAGGAGCUGGGGUUCAGGGAAGAGGAGCUGGGGUUCGGUAAACGGGGCCGUGGCUGCAGAGGCCCUGAGCGUCCACCUGGAAGAAGGGGACCCCGCCCCAGCCGUGGCCGAUGGGAGGAGCGGGCGGGAGGACGCCCACAGCAGCGCCCCCGGAGGCGGGGAGGCCGAGGAGGAGGAGGAAGAGGACGCGGAGGUGGCCGAGGCCCUGGCGGCUCUGGCCGCGGCCACUGCGGGGGAGGAUGUGGACGACGCGGAUUAGGGGAGCGGGUUUGCACUGGAGCUGGUGUCACCAGGGGCGUCUUCGGGGGGUGAUGGCUCCGCAGAGCCGAGCUGGAUCUGCAGCCCUGCCUGCUGUUUACGGCCAGCCUCGUGCUGAUGGUGCAGAGCCCGCCCGUGCACCGCUACAUCCACACUGAGCGCGCCCCUGUGCGGACGGCCCAUCACUCAGGACACUGGGACAGAAAGCAGAGC